AUGAGAAGCCCGGCGACGGUAAAAGAGGUCCAGCAACUAACUGGAAGGAUGACUUCCCUCUCUCGGUUCCUCUCCAAGGUAGCGGAUAAAUCGUUGCCUUUGUUCCAGUACUUGAGGAAAAACGACCGUUUUGCGUGGACAAAGGAAUGCGAGAAGGCGUUCGGCGAACUCAAACAGUCUCUCACCUCGCCACCAAUACUCUCCAAACCGCAAGCCGAUCUCCCUUUACUGAUGUAUUUGUCGGCUUCCGAUAGCGCCAUCAGUGCAGUCUUAGUACAAGAAAGAGGUAGUUCUCAAAUGCCUAUUUAUUUUGUUAGCAGGGUGCUGCAAGGUGCGGAGAUUCGUUACCAAAAAAUCGAGAAGUUAGCCCUGGCGAUACUGGUUACGGGACGCAAGUUGAGACAUUACUUCCAGAGCUACGAGGUGGUAGUCAGAACAGAUCACCCGAUUAGGCAAAUACUGCAAAAACCUGACUUGGCAGGAAGGAUGAUGAAGUGGUCGGUGGAGUUGUCGGAGCACUCCAUCAAGUAUGAACCGAGAGGCGCAAUCAAAGCUCAGGCGCUGGCUGACUUCGUAAUGGAAUUAACCUCACCAGUGGGGGAGGUUCGAACUGAAGACACGCAGUGGAUCCUAUCAGUAGAUGGAGCUUCGAACCUUGGAGGAAGUGGAGCAGGGAUUGUUUUGGAAGGACCGGGAGGAAUUUUGUUGGAACAGUCUUUGCGAUUUGAGUUCCGGGCAAGUAAUAACCAGGCCGAGUAUGAAGCAUUGUUGGCCGGUAUGACACUCGCAAAGGAAAUGGGGGCGACAAGCUUAUCAGCACGAAGUGACUCCCAAUUAAUCACGGGACAGGUAGCCGGUACUUUCCAAGCAAAGGACCCUCAACUGGCCAAGUACCUGGAGAAGGUUAAGCACCUUUCGGAAAGCUUCCGAAAAUUCACACUUAAUCAUGUACCAAGAGAGCAAAAUUCUAGGGCCGACCUGCUCUCCAAGCUUGCAAGCACAAAGAAGCCAGGAGCUACUCGGUCAGUCAUCCAAGAAACACUGUCGCAACCGAGUAUAAACGAGGUGCGAGGAAAUGUCCUAUUCAUCCAGGAAGAGCUAAAUUCCUGGAUGGCGCCAUACAUUGAAUAUUUGACUCGGGGGGAGUUACCGAAAGACAAGAGGGAGGCAUCGUUGGUGCAAAGGGAGUCAGCCAGGUUCGUAGUCAUCAAUGAAAGGCUGUAUCGAAGAGGUUUUAGCUCUCCUCUCCUGAGAUGUUUGACUAUGUCACAAGCGCAGAGAGUGAUGGACGAGAUACAUAGUGGAAUGUGCGGUAGCCAUAUUGGUGGCCGAGCUUUGGUCUACAAGGUUGCCCGUGCAGGUUACUUCUGGCCAUCUUUGAGGAACGACUGCGUCAAUUGGGUCCAGAAAUGUGAUGGAUGCCAACGACACGCUACCCUGCACCAUUCCCCAGCUGAGCGACUACAUUCGAUCCUGUCUCCUUGGCCUUUUCACAAAUGGGGAAUUGAUAUUCUCGGUCCAUUUCCGAUCGCUGUGCGGCAACUAAAAUUUUUGAUAGUAGCAGUAGACUACUUUAGCAAGUGGAUCGAGGCGGAGCCGGUUGCAACCAUCUCGGCAGAAAAG